AACUGCCUUAUCCUACUCAUUGUAUACAUGGUGUAAAUUGAACACAUACUACCAGGGGCGGACUGACAACUCAUGGGGCCUCCGGGCAAUAGGGGAUCAUGGGGCCCCCGUGUCCUUGCCAAACUCAAAAAAGCCUAUGAAAAAGGUACCAGGGGCAUUUCAUGGGGCCCCCUACUGACCCCGGGCCCUCGGGCAGAGCCCGAGUGCUCAAAUGGUCAGUCCGCCCCUGCUUGAGAGCAGUA